AUGUCAGUUGUCAGUUGGACAAAGUUAACUAUUAAGGAGUUACAGAACCUAUGUGAGACAUAUGGGCUUUUUACAGAAGGCAACAAGGAGGAGUUAAAUGAUAGGUUACAAGAAUACUUUGAGAAAAUAAGAGAAAACUUGUCUGAAAAACUUCAAGAGAGUAAUAUUGAAGUAAGAGAAUGUUCAGAAGAAGAUGUGAAUGAUUUUAAUGUAAAAUCUUUGAUUAAAGAUAAGUUUGCUAUAUAUUUCCAAGAAAAAGAUAGAGUUGAAGCAUUUUUAGUUAAUAUUUUUAUGUCUGCUUUGAGGAAAAUAGAAAAAAAAAUAGAUAGGAACUUUUAUGCUUUACACAAAGAUUUGGAGAAAGAAGAAUUGUUAUAUGAGGCAUGGCUAGGUGUCUUGGUACUUGCAGUUCAACAAGUUUCAAGUCAAUAUUCACUAUCUAUAGAGCAAAAGGUAAUAGAAGAGACAAAUUGGCUAUUAAAGACCUUAGCAAUUAUUUGUUUAGAAAAUCAAAAAGAGAGACCCAAAUUUCUGUUAAAAAUAAGGUAG